AUGGCUAGUGGAAAGGACGAGUAUACGAGUGUGCCGCAAACAGUAAGCUUAGAGCAGAAUAAAGCACCCCUCGACUUAUGUCCACCUCCUAAAGGUUUUGGUGCUCGGCACAUGCAAGCACUAAUUCUCUUCAUCAGCCUUACUGUUGGAUAUGGCAUGAGAUCUCACUUGAGUGUUACAUUGGUGGCAAUGACAGGAAAUGCCACCAACUGCUAUCAAAUCGAAUUAAGUCACGAUAACGUAACUGUGGGAAAUUUUUCAAAUGUUUUUUCACUUCCGGAAAACACAGACCUUUGUAAAGGGAGUUUGAAAACCUGGAGUGUUUACCGAACCUACAAUUGGAACAAGCCUACUCAAGAAAUGAUCCUCUUUUCCUUUGUCGUGGGCUACACAAGCAUGAUGAUCCCAAUGGGUGUGAUCGCGCAGAAAUUGGGAGGAAAGAUUCCCAUUAUGAUGGCUCUGGGUGUUAAUGGAGUGUUAUCUAUACUGACACCAUGGAUGGCUGUUUUCGGUGGCUGGCUGGCGACUUGCGCGUGUCGGCUACUACAGGGCAUGACACAGGCAGCCUUCUACCCGAGCAUCCAUACCAUCCUUGGCAAAUGGGCUCCACUCAGCGAGAGGGGAAGACUCAGUACCUAUAUUUACACUG